GAGAAAACAAAACUCUCUCUCUCUCUCUGCCUGUGUGUCUGUGUGUGUGUGUGUGUGUGUGUGUGUGUGUGUAAGCAGAAAAAUGGCAGAGGCCAGUAUUUCCAUGGAUCACUUCAGCUGUCCAGUGUGUCUGGGUCUCCUGAAUGAACCAGUGACUAUUCCCUGUGGUCACAGUUUCUGUAAGGUGUGUAUUAAUGGCUGCUGGGAUCAGGAGGAUGUGAAGGGCGUCUACAGCUGUCCUCAGUGUAGAGAGUUUUUCACUCCAAGGCCUGUUCUACGCAGGAACAACAUACUGGCUGAAGUGGUAGAGAAACUGAAGAAGACUGAACUCCAAGCUGCUUCUCCUGCUCACUGUUACACUGGAUCUGGAGAUGUGGAGUGUGAUUCCUGCAUCGGGAGAAAGCGCAAAGCUGUUAAUUCCUGUCUGGUUUGUCAGACCUCCUUUUGUAAAGAUCAUCUUACAUCUCACUAUCAGUCUCCUGCCUUUAAGAAGCACAAGUUAGUUGAAGCCUGUGCAGAGAUCCAAGAGAAGAUCUGCUCUGAACAUGACAAACUGAUGGAGAUUUACUGUCGUACUGACCAAAGCUUCAUCUGUUACUUGUGUACGAUAGAAAAACACAAAGGUCAUGAUACAGUUUCAACUAAAACAGAAAGAACUAAAAAACAGAAUGAGUUAAAGGAGGAGCAGAUGAAAUGCCAGCAGAGGAUCCAGGAGAAAGAGAAGAAAGUGCAGGAGCUGAAACAGACUGUGGAGUCUGUUACGAGGUGUUCACAGGCAGCAGUAGAUGACAGUGAGAUGAUCUAUACUGAGAUGAUCAGCUCCAUGGAGAAAGAGUGCUCAGAAAUGAUGGAGCUUAUCAGAGCUCAGGAGGAAGCUGAAGUGAGUCGAGCUGAACGACUCCUGAAUCAACUGGAGCAGGAGAUUGCUGAUCUUAUGAGGAGAGUCACUGAGCUAGAGCAGCUUUCACACACACACGAUGACUUCUACUUCCUCCAGAGUUUCCCGUCUCUCUGUGUUUCUCCUGGAUGUGACGACUCACCCAGCUUCACUGUCAAUCAACAUCUCUCAUUUGAUAGAGUGAAGAAAUCUCUCUCAGAUCUGAAAAAACGAGUUGGACAAAUCUGUAAGGAGGAAUUCAACAAAAUCAGACCACAAGCUGCAGCAGUUCAGAUGAUUUUACCUUCAGAAACAAAGAACAGAGAAGAUUUUCUGCAGUAUUUCUGUUAUCUGAGUCUGGAUCCAAUCACAGCACAUCAUCAACUCAUUCUGUCUGAGAACAACAGAGAGGUGAAACGGAUUGAUACACAACAGCGAUACUCUGAUCAUCCAGAGAGAUUUGACUUCUGGCAUCAGGUAAUGUGUAAGGAGAGUGUGUGUGGACGCUGUUACUGGGAGGUGAAGAGGAGCAGAAUGGGUGUGGGCAUAUCAGUGUCAUAUAAAGUGAUCAGCAGGAAAGGAGAGGGUAAUGAAUCUCAGUUUGGACGCAACAGUCAGUCCUGGAGUCUGUGGAGUUCUCCUUCCUCUGUCUCUUUCUGGCACAACAACAUUCAGACUAAGCACCGAGGUCCAUCAUCCUCCAGAAUAGGAGUGUAUGUGGAUCACAGUGCAGGAACUCUGUCCUUCUACAGCGUCUCUGACACCAUGAGGCUCCUCCACAGAGUCCACACCACAUUCACUCAGCCUCUAUACGCUGGGCUCCGUGUAUGCUAUUUUAACUCACCUGUAAAGUUAUGUGGUCAAAUUUAAUUGUGAGUAAAAGUUCUUAGUCAAAUUAAAAAACUGAUGUCAGCUUUCUUUUUGAUGUAUUAUUUUACAUUCAUAUUAUUAUACUACAUUUUCUCUAUAUAAAUAAAAUAUUUACCUAAAAAAACAGGAUUUUUGUAGAAGUUUUUCCGAAGUCUCAAAAUAUUCAAGAAAACUGUUGCUACAGAAAUAAUUAAAUGUAAAUGAUCUUAAUUGAUUUACCGUUGUUUACUGUUCGACUGACUGAGUUUUUCUCUGUUUCUUUACU